CUUCCCGGGCCUGACUUUGUUGUGUCGGGCACCACUAGUGCGUUCGCCGUCCGAAAUCUGCUCAUUUUCCACUGGUUCUCGAGCGGUCAGGCAGCUAUACAAUGGCUAGUGAGGGGGAGGCGUUAAGGACAAAGUUGCAGAGUGAGAGUUUGUUUCACAUCUUGCCAAGGAAACAGAAAUCCGUCUUUUCUGAAAUCAACGAACGCGGUGUGGACGACAUCACGCUGGAAUUCUUCUACAAGCCGCAUACCAUCACCUUAUUUCUAGUCUCAAUAUUCGCCGUCAUAUACACUGCUUUUACACGGAAUGAAGGUGACAUCCAGGACAACAUUUGGGCCGGCAUUUGUUGCGUCUUCUUCUUCUUCCUCAUCAUAUCGGUGCUGGCUUUCCCUAAUGGGCCCUUUACUCGACCUCACCCUGCCAUUUGGCGAAUGGUGUUUGGUGCCAGCGUCCUGUACCUCUGCACUCUUCUCUUCCUGCUGUUCCAGCGAUACGAGUCAGUCAUGGCCAUCUUUCAUUGGCUAGACCCUGGCCUGGAAAACUUCCACAUUGACCAAGAAAAGGAAUAUGGUGUGAACUGCUCGGAUGUAAACUGGGAGAAGAUCUGGAACCACCUUGAUGUGUUUGCUGUGGCCCACUUUCUUGGCUGGCUCUUGAAGGCUAUUCUUAUCCGUCAUUUCGGCAUUCUCUGGGCCAUUAGUUUCAUGUGGGAGUUUACCGAGGUUCAAUUUGCCCACCUGCUGCCAAACUUCAAAGAAUGCUGGUGGGACGCAUUAAUCUUGGACGUGCUUGUGUGCAACGGACUUGGAAUUUGGUGCGGCCUCAAAUUCUGCUCCAUCCUAGAGAUGCGAGAGUACAAAUGGGUCUCAAUCAGGGAUAUUCAUUCAACUUCUGGCAAGAUUAAGCGUGCAGUCCUUCAGUUCACGCCUGAAAAUUGGACCCACAUGCGCUGGCUGGACCCCAACUGCACAUACAUGCGCUUCUUUGCCGUCUGCCAGCUUGUGAUUUUCUGGCAGGUGUCUGAGCUAAACACUUUCUUCCUCAAACACAUAUUUGAGAUGCCUCCUGCUCACCCUAUGGUUAUUGGUCGACUUGGUUUAGUUGGCGUAAUUGUUGCUCCUUCAGUAAAGCAAUACUACAGCUACGUCACCGACACUCAGUGCAAAAGAGUUGGCACCCAAUGCUGGGUUUACGGAGCCAUUAUGUUCCUUGAAGCGGUGCUGUGCAUAAAAAAUGGUGGAGAACUGUUCGGUAGAACCCAAGCCUGGAACAUCAUUGUGUGGCUGUUGGCUCAACUAUUUUGCUCCAUAUUUGUGGUCACAGGCUGUGUUUUGUGGCAUCGUUACUAUCAGAAUCAAGGAGAAAAAUCCAGAGACUCAUCCCCAGUUAAAAGCGUUGCAUCUCCAUCUGAUGACGAAGGCCAUGAGAAGACUGUCCCGCUUGGCAUGAGAAGAAGAUUAGUUCACUCGGAAUCUGAGGAAAACUAAGCUCUCAAAAUCUGGCUCUUGUUUGCAAAUGUACCAAAGUUUGUAUUUAUAGUUGCAGUACAAAGCAAUGCAGGAGUGAAUUGCAAUACAAUACAUUUUCAUGAAACAUUAAGUACUGGGAUGAAAGACCCUGUAUUUCACGAUUAUCCGUGCCAUGAAAAAAGAACAACUUUGCGAGUUGUGAGAGGAAAAUCUUUUAAUUUUUUUAUUAAUAAAAAUACAAGUCAUUCCUAUUACGCUUAAUGAAAGAUUAAUAUCAGCCAUAUCAGUUUCAACUAUGCAUUAUUACGUUUCAUUUGCAUUCUUCUCACAAUCAGCAGUGACUACUGUAAUCAUGAAAAUUACUAAACUCCAUUUUACUCCAGCUUAAACCCUGAAAAUAUUUCUCGUCAGUCAUUAUAUGAACAAACCAAGAAUCAUGACUUUGCCAGAUCUGCUUUGUUUUGCCGAAACAAAAAACCAUUUUGUGUUACCACAAAACUACUGUUAGCCCUGCCGAUAUUUGACUGUGCAACAUUCGUCAAAGUGUACAUUGAACCAAUGAAGUAUGUAGUUUGUGUUAAAGCUAUGAUGAAAUGAAGCUUUGUCCACUUUUGGCUGUGCAGUUUGUAAAUGACAUCCUUGCUAGAUUUGGUGCAUUUAGUUAAUAAAUUUGAAAAAAAUUGUAUCCUAUUGUUAUUGUCUCUUAGUGUGCAAUCUUAAUCAAAAGUUAUUUUAAAUUUUUUUCUGGGAUUUAUGUGCGCCAUUCAAUUUGGCAAGCAACUCCUGCAGUUGUGAUACUCGUCAAUGCACGCCCAUUUUAAUUAGAUUAAAAUUAACCAAGAGCAAUGGCUUUGUCUGAAAUGAGUUGUGCGCCAUAUUAUAGAACAAUUCUGUCACCUCUUGGAAUUAACUAUUUAGCGUUGGUAGGUUUUAUAGUAGACUGCAGCAAUUUGAAUGUAAAAUGUCGUUCUUUGUUCCAAAAUGAAAUAAAUGUAGUUUGAAUUUUAAAAA